AUGUCUGCGCCUCACCGUGGCUUGCCCCUGCCGGCGGCCUUGAACCCCGUUCCGCCGCCUUCUGGUCCGGGACUCGUUCAACAACCUCCGCCACCCGUCCCCAGCUUGUUAGGACACGCUCACCCGCCACCUACACCAUCGCAAAGUCAGUCCUUGGGACAGAUUCCAGCACCGCCGUCAUGGCAACAUGGGAACGAGGAGUCGAUGCGAGUAUGGCUCAUGGCCAAGGCUGAGGAAGAGAAGCGGAAGCAGGAAGAGGAGAGAACACGGCAGGAAAGCUUCCGCCUGGAACAGCGUAAAACCGAAUUCAACAUGUUGAGAGAGUCACUUCAAGGGGGAGUUCCGCCGGCCAUGGUACCAGUGGUCUUUGCGGGGAUGAGCGGGGGAGCCCUUUCGCAGGCUGCCUUGGACUGGGCACAGCAGUAUAUCUACUCGCAGUCUCACCAGUCCCAUCCACAGGCUUUGUUACCGCCGGGGCCUAUCUCACCCCAACAUCAGAGGCGAGAAUCUCAACCCCACAGCUACGCGCACUAUCCGGGCUCGGGAGGGGUUCCCUCCACUCCAGGCUCUGCCCAGGGACAUGGCGGGUACAUAUCUGGCUAUCCUGGCUCACCACAGACUCGUCCGAGAGGGCAAAGUGUUCCUGGGCCUAUGGCAGGCCGCCUCCAUGGAGGAAUGGCCAAUCUUCCCAACCUCAACACCAGCAUUUCUGGGGGUCAUGGAAGUUCAGCAGCCGCUCAUCCGGCCGUUGUCCAAUCCCAGCAGCAGCAAGAGCCUCAGCAAUCACCCUCGAUACUCUUUCAUCAUUGGACACCACCGACGAGUCAGGCAGGAGGGCGGGGCGGGGUUGACCAGCCUGCAACACCUUCAGUAGGCGAGUCGCCGAGGAAGAGGAAAGCUACGGGCCCGCAGACGGCAGUACCGCCGCCGAGCAGCUCACAGCGGUAUCGGUCCCCGACUUUCUCACAUAGUGGUGCUCCGUUGUCGAAUCCGCCAGCCGGGCGCAAGACAGGUCAUGCUCGCCAGCGGAGUGACAUAGGGUCAUACCGCGGGGCUGUUCGAGGGCGUGGAGACGGUUAUGCGCCAUCGUCACAGGAUGCACCCACAAACAGCAGCGAGUCUAUAGCUACUCAGCACCAGCACCAACAGCAUUUACAACACCAUCAACACCAACACGGACAGGGGCAUACGCAGUCCUCGCAGGGCCAACAGACAGCUCCGACAGUAACACGUAGCGCGCACUCGGUUUCGUCACUGUUGUCGGAUCAUCCACAAUCACCUCGGCCAGGGCAGUUCUCAGGAGGAGGCCGAUCCUCCGAGGAGAAAGUGCGCGGUGGUGCAGUCGGUGGAUCGUCGGCCACGCGAGACAGAGAUAACGACUGAACCUUAAUCUCUUCCGUGUUUCAGCCUCCAAGUCCCGGGGCCAAGAUGCUGCGGUGACAAUCGAAGGGCUGUCCCAACAACGACCAGUCAUCGAGCAGGGCGUCUUGGCGAACGUGUACCCUUGCGAUAUCCGAACCCCACGGAACGGACAAGCUAGGAUUGGGAUCAAGCCGUGCCUCGAUUGGGAAAAGGCUGCUAUGCCCCCCCUGUGGCCUGGACUCCGACGGCCUCGCAUCAUAACUUUCGCUUCUGUUUGACAAACUCGUUUUCCCACAGCAUUUUUGGUCAGGGCGUCAACGCUGGUUUUUGUUCAAUUCGAUUUAUAACUCGAGGGCAGGGGAAGAGCUGAGUCGGAAGCUUUCCCUUUGCGUCCCACUCUGGGUAGUUCUUUUCUCCUUCUCUUCGGAUGCACCUUCUGAACUUGUAUUACUUUUUUGAUUUGUGUUUAUUUGUGUUUUAUCUACCUUUUCUUUCGAUGUAUACUAUGUUAUCUGGCAUUUUUCUAGGUCUUCAUUCUUCAUACGCUUUCACAAAGAAAAUGAUAGUAAAAAACAGGACGCUUUCAGGGAGAAAGCAAGGGAAUAUGAAUGGACGGGACUGGCAUGGAGGAUUUGGAACUUGCGGCUCCUCCUUUGGUGUGCUUGCGUCCUUAGAUGGGUGCAAAUGGGAGUGGAACAAAGAGACCAGAUGGUUAUGGUCGGCCAAGAGCAUCCAGAAUAUACGUACAUACAAUGAUGAUGAUUACCUACCG